AUGGAAGAAAUGUCGGUUGCAGUGCCAUUAAGAGCAAAUAAUUCAGUGUGUGAUAAUCCAACUAUAGCUACUCAUAUGGAUGUUUCGAGACUUAAGUUGAUGGCGAAUGCAGAGUUGAUAUCGAAUGCUAUAACUACGAUAUCUGCUGAUAGUUUUAUAGGUUCUGAGGAGGAUCAUAUUGGUAACAAUCUGGAAGGCGAGGUUGGUGUUUCGGCAGUCGCACCACCUUUGCAUGGGAGAGAAGGGGAUAUUCUUUUGUUGAAUAUGUUAUCUCAAGGUAGCGAUGAACUUUUAGCCCCAGAAGUUGAUGAGGAUGAUUCGUUAUCAUUAGAUGGAGACCCGAUUAUUUACAGCACUUUAUCAAUAGCUAGUGAGAAUAGUAGUGUUUGUGGAGAUGAGUUCUUCAGCUCAGAAGAUAACUCAGAUUUUAGGACAAGGAGUUCGAUAGACUCGAUGGACAUAGAUAAGAACAUCUCUUCUGUAGAAGUUGUUGCUAGCUCUGCUGUUUUUGACGACUCAAAUCUGGAGGCAGAUAUUAUGAGUGAACCCCUUGCUGUAGCAUUGAGCCUUGGAGACGAAACAGGAGUUAGAUCUGUCCCAGUGCCUACCGCAGCUGUUCUUCAUCAACUACCUCUUGAAAAAGGGGUGGGUGGAACAGUCGGUCGGAGUGUUUUUGAAUUGGAUUGUACCCCACUUUGGGGAUUUACAUCUUUGUGUGGAAAAAGACCUGAAAUGGAAGAUGCCGUUGCGAUUGUACCUCGGAUGUUGAAAAUUCCUAUUCAAAUGCUAAAUGGUAACAGGAAAUAUGAUGGAAUUAACAAGGAUUUUAAUCAGCAGACAGUUCAUUUCUUUGGAGUAUAUGAUGGCCACGGUGGCUCUCAGGUGGCAAAUUAUUGUCGUGAUCGUAUGCAUUUAGCUUUAGCUGAGGAAGUAGAAUUGUUCAAGGAAGGUCUAAUACUUGGAGGUCCCAAGGAUGAUUGUCAAGAUUUAUGGAAAAAAGCUUUCACUAAUUGUUUUUUGAAGGUUGAUAAUGAAGUUGGGGGGAAAGUUAAUUGUGAACCUGUUGCACCAGAAACUGUUGGUUCCACUGCUGUUGUAGCUAUUGUUUGUUCAUCCCAUAUUAUAGUUUCAAACUGUGGUGAUUCCAGAGCGGUUUUGUGCCGUGGAAAAGAACCCAUGGCUUUAUCUGUGGAUCAUAAACCAAAUCGUGAUGAUGAAUAUGCAAGAAUAGAGGCAGCUGGUGGCAAGGUAAUACAAUGGAAUGGUCAUCGUGUAUUUGGGGUUCUUGCAAUGUCAAGGUCUAUUGGGGAUCGAUAUUUGAAGCCAUGGAUUAUUCCUGAACCAGAAGUUACAUUCCUCCCUCGUGCAAAAGACGAUGAAUGUCUCAUUCUGGCCAGUGAUGGCUUGUGGGAUGUCAUGACGAAUGAAGAGGCAUGCGACUUAGCUCGUAGACGCAUACUUCUCUGGCAUAAGAAAAAUGGCUCAGAGCUGUCAUCAGUAAGGGGAGAGGGAAUCGAUCCUGCUGCACAGGCAGCUGCAGAAUACCUAUCGAACCGUGCUUCGCAAAAAGGAAGCAAAGAUAACAUCACUGUCAUCGUGGUAGAUUUGAAAGCUCAACGGAAAUUUAAGAGUAAAACAUGA